UUUUACUUAGCCAUGAUUCGACGUUCCGCUUAAAUGAACGGUGCGAGUACACUGUAAAUACAUAGUAAAAAGUCCUAUGUAAACAAUAGAGAAUUGACGUUCUGUAGCUUUCUGCUUGCAAUAGAGCCCUGCAUAUAUGACAUAUGGCUGAAGGUGGCUCAAGCAUAAACACGACACGGGAGUCAUCUGUUGAUUCAGAAGUGGUGAAACUUAAGGUGAAGCAGAAGGACUGUGAGUUGACAGUGACACAAACUGAACUGUCGUGGACAAUUAAAGACCAGAAGAAAAAUGGUACAUUUUCUGUACGUCGUCGGGACCUGGUGGCAGUCAAAACAAAAGAGGAUGUGAAGAAUAAAGACUCUACAGUCUUGACGGUUGUUUACGUGAAACAGCAAAAGGAUUUUGUUUUGAAACGCUGUGAAGAGUCAUUUAGUGGCAGUAAUAGCGUGUGCUUGGCAGUGGCGAAAACCCUCCAGGAUGGAAUUAACCAAUGUGCUGACAGGCCAAAGCGUCUCCUUGUAUUGAUCAAUCCUAUCUCCGGGUUUUCAAGAGGAGAGAAGAAUUACAAAAACAUUUGCGCCCCUAUUUUUGAGGAAGCCGGCAUUCAAACUGAUGUCAUAGUAACGUCUAGGGCACAUCACACCGAAGAAAUCCUGGCCAUAUAUGACCUAAGCUCUAUCGACGGGAUCGCUAUUGUUGGUGGUGACGGCCUUUACCACGAAGCUGCCAAUGGUUUGGUUCGACGAAUGGCGGCUGAUACAGGUAGCGACGUUAAUGAUCCCGACUUUUGGCCCCACGAGUUUCCGGUUCCAAUCGCUAUCAUUCCCUGUGGAACUGGCAAUGGAAUUGCAAGGGAACAAAUGGGGAACUUUGACAUCGCUACUGCAGUGUACGCAGCUGUUCUGGGAUUUCGCUCUAAGAAGAACAUAAGCCGUGUAUUCUCGAAUGGGAAACUCAUUUCCUAUUCCAUUCUUCUCGUCGGCUAUGGUUUAUGGGGUGACAUAAUCUAUACGUCCGAAACAAGAAGGCACUGGGGUGUUAUGAGAUACCCAGCAUCCGUGAUGUCAAUGAUGUUAAUGCUUUCCCGGACUCGAAGUCUCAACGUAGAGAUAAAGGCCCCUUCUGAAUUUACACAACGUAAUUCAGCUAAUUUAGCCAGGAUUAAAGAACUCACCAAUACACAAAACAAGUCUCCACAAGGCCAGGAAACUGAUGUCGACAAUAUUGGGAGCGUGACAAAUGUUGCUGACUCCGAGUCUACCAAAAAUUACAAUGUUUUUAGGGCAGGGUUCUGUACUAUCGAAGGAAGAUUUACUGGCGUCGUAAUGCUCGCAGAGAUGAUGUCAUUAAGCUGUAACCCGUCAAAACCUCACGAACAAGACCGCGUGACUAAUGUCUCGCAUGUGUUUUUAUCCAAACCAGGCGGAAAAUUACAGUAUUUGAAGCUUCUUUACAAAAUGUACAGUCGGGAUUCCGAAAUAGAAAGUAACAUACCUGCCUGCUUAACUGUGUUGACUGCUGACGAGUUGAAGAUACGACUUAUGGACCCACAUGAUGAAAUAUCGGACCAAGGCAGAAAGGAGAGGAUACUGAACAUUGAUGGGGACAUUCACUUACUCGAACGGACGGAGUUUCAUGUUAAACUGAUCCCAGAGCUGAUCCCGAUGUUUUGCAACAUUCCGGCUUUCACCGGAAGAUCAUGAUACUGAAACUACUGUGUAUUACUAAAACUACCGUUGUUGUAUACAUUAAAUCAAGGGAUGUCUAUAUGUUUCACCGUUCUACCAUGAUGGUUAAUCUAACAAAUGUUAAAUUAAACUGUUUAGGUUCUCAUUAAAAGCACCUUUCCUCUACAAAUCAUUUUAACACUACUAAAUUAGUAUACAAAACGUAUAUUUUAGCAUAAAUAACUAUUUUUUGACAGUUACCUAAUUGAAUAUAAAGGCAUGUUUUUCUCACUUAAUAAAGUGUAGGUUUUUAUUUAUACUUUGAAGGAAGAUAUAAAGAACAAAUGCCGUAUAUAAUUUGGAACUUUUGGACAAUACAUUUAAAUACUGCGAUGUAACCCAAUUCCUCUGUUGUAAUGCAAAAUAUGUGUUUUAUUGUAAGUAUACAUUUAAGUUACAUCAAGCAAAUGUUUUCCAUACAUUUUACUCUUACAUUUUAAGAGUAGAAAACUAAUUUUGUAUACAUAAACUAUUUUUGUAAAUAAUUAGUCCACUUUUUCACGGUUUCUUAAAUCGCUUUUAGACAACAAUGUAGUGAACAGCCAUUUCGCAAUUUUCUACUGAUUACUAUGUUUCACGUAAGUUUAAUUUUGCUUAAUUUUACCUAAAUGAUAUUAACGUUUCCAUUUUAAAAAACUGUAUAGUCUUAAAUAGUAUUUAUUUUCUGCUAAAAUUGAGAUAUAAAAUAAUUGUUCUUCUGCUUUAAUGUAGUGUAUUGCAGUUUAUAUAUGGCUGAUUACAAACGACGUUAUGACGGAGUUAAAACGUUGUAACGACCGAGUAGCAAUGACGUGAUGACGGAAUUUAAACGACGCUAUUGCGGAGUACAGGCGACGCUAUGUCGAAGUAGAAACGAAACUUUGACGGAGUAGUAGCGACACUAUGACAGAGUACAAACGACGAAGCUAUGACGAAGUAGCAACGACGGUAUGAAGAAGUAGUAACGACGCUUAGACGAAGUAGUAACGAAGCUAUGUCUUAGUAGUAACCACGCUAUGACGAACUAGUAACGCCGCUAUUACGGAGAAGUGACGACGCUUUGUUGAAGAAGUAAAGAUGCCUAGACGCAAUACAAACGAUGCUAUUACGAGGUAGCAACGACGCUAUGACAGAGUAGUAACGAAGCUAUGCUGAACAAAUUACAACGCUUAGGCGGAGUACAAACGACGCUAUGACAAAAUAGUCACGACGUUGUGACAAAGUAGUGAGGACAAUGACGGAUUAGUAACUACACUAUGACGUUGUAGUAUCGACGCUCAAACGGUUUAGCAACGACGUUAUUACAGAGUAUUAACGACACAAUAACAAAGUAGUAAUGACGCUAUGGCAGAGUAGUUACGACGAUAUCUCGAAGUACAAACGACGCAUUUGCGGAGUACAGCGACACUGUUGCGUAGUACAAACGACGCUAUUGCGGGGUACAGCGACGCUAUGGCGUAGUACAAACUACGCUAUGACGAAGUACAAACGACACUAUGACUAACUACAAACGACUAUUGCGGAGUACAGCGACGCUAUGGCGUAGUACAAACGACGAUAUUGCAUAGUACAGCGACGCUAUGGCGUAGUACAAACGAGGCUAUGACGAAGUACAAACGACACUAUGACUAAAUACAAACGACUAAUGCAGAGUUUAGCGACGCUAUAGCGUAGUACAAACGACGCUAUUGCGGAGUACAGCGACGGUAUGGCGUAGUGCAAACGACACAAUUACGAAGUAUAAACGAAGCUAUGGCGAAGUACAAACGAAGCUAUGGCGAAGUAGGAUUGGGGUAGUUACGACAAUAUGACGAAAUACAAACGACGCUAUGGCGGUUAGCAACGAUGCUAUGGCGGAGUACAUACAUCGCUAUGACGAAUUAAGUACAUAUGACGAAAAUGGUUAACUUGGUUAACUUGCAAAUCUGCGAAAAGGUUUCUUCACAAAAGCUUGCGAACGAUUUUAAUUAAUGUAUUGUUCCGGGACCGAUCUUGAAGUGACUUAAUCGCUGCUUUGGAAAUUUUUGAAAUGUGUCCUUUAAUGCCUUAUUUUAUUAUUUAAUCAAUAAACUGUGUAGCCGAUGUAUUUUCUAUUUAAAGGCUGAAAGAAAACUAGUUUUUAAUACUUCAUCCAGCUUAUACACAUGCUUUCACAAAAUUUAACGAACAAAACAGAAAUAUUCAGAAUCAUUCAAUCACUUCGCUAUUUCAACUCUGUAUAA